AUGCCGGACGCCAUCCUCGAGCUCCUGCCCCAGUUUGAUCACCACGCAUCAACGGAACAGGACACUCCGGAAGGCGCGGUCGAGGACGUGGAGGACAAGGACCCGCCGCCGCCCAUGAACUUCAACUACGACUACGACGACGCCUUGCCCCGGAGCGAAACCACCAGCGCCCCCUCCCCCGACGUCCUACUGAACCGCGCCGCCGUCGUCCGCAACGUCGCCACGCCGUCGUCGGCGGUGUUCUUCCUCGAGGACGCGGUGCGCGUCCGGGAGAGCCUGCCCUUCCACAGGAUCCAUCGGGCCACCGGCGCUGCCGAGGCGUCGGCAGAACAGCCGCUGGAGCUGUACACUGUGCGCUCCGUGAGGGCGGUCGAGGGGUCCAAUUUCGUCCUGUGCCGGGGUGAAGCCGGCGAAGGGGCCGUGUACGGGUGCCGCGCAACCGGCCCGGCGAGGGCCUACGUCCUGGCCCUGGCCGGCGAGCGCGGGGACGUGACGAUGACCGCGGUUGCCGUGUGCCGCACCGACGCGUCCCGGUGGGACCCGGAGCACGCCGCCUUCCGGCUCCUGGGCGUGAAGCCCGGCGGCGCGGCGGUCUGCCACGCGGUGCGGGACGCGCAGGUCCUGCCGGCCAUGAACGGGAAGAGCCCCGUCGCCAACUAAGUGGCCCCUCGUGUCUGUCGUGUCCGACUCUGUAUGAUCGUAUCCAUAUGGUGAACUCGUGUCUAUGGGUAUAGCUGUUGUAUUAUCUGUUCCUUCCACUUCCACUGUAUGUUGCUAAGCACUCUAUGGAGUGAUGUAUGACUGUUAAAAAUAAAGGAUGCACGUUUCAAUUUCUUUA